AUGUCGACAGAUAGAGGAUGGAUGUAUAGAAAGAAUGAUGAUCGCGGGGCUCUGAGCCAGACCUAUAUCAGACACUUGAAAGGUUUUUUGGACAUAGCCUAUGCCAAUGAAGAUUAUGUUGUAAAGGCAACUACACGUGAUGGGAUAGUGUUCCACAUCAGAUGUCCUUGCUCCAAGUGUCGAAACGAAGCCUAUAGAGAAAGAGAAGACGUGAAACUGCACUUGAUGAAAUAUGAUUUCAUUCCUGAUUAUUUCAUUUGGUGGGGACAUGGUGAAACCUUUUCUUUACAUGCAUCUCAUCAAGACGCGGGUCAAUCUUCUAAUCCUAUAGUGGAUCAUAAUGAAAGUUAUUUUCAAAUGGUGAACGAUCACAUGGUACAUGAUGCCAUGACAUGGGAAGAGCAAACACCUAAUCCUUCUGCCCAAGGAUUUUAUAACAUGUUACAAACUGUUGACAAACCUUUAUGGGAUGGAUGUAAAACUUUUUCAAAAUUAGGGGCUGCGACGAGUUUGUUGCAUUGGAAGGCAGAAUGUAAUGUACYCGAGACGACAUAUAAUAGAGUGCUUCCUGUUUUUAAGCGUAUGCUACCUGAGGGUGAUAAAUUACCUUGUAACUUCUAUGAGACGAAGAAGAGUUUAAAAAAUGUUGCUCUGCCAAAACAAAAGAUCGAUGCUUGCAAAAACCAUUGCAUGUUAUUUUACAAGCAUGAUUCUAGGUUGACCCACUGUCGAGUAUGCAAUGAAAGUCGUUACAAGGCAAGUGGACAAAAGAAGGUCUCUAACUUGGUGUUGACGUACUUAUCGAUUGUUCCAAGACUCCAAAKAUUGUAUAUGUCUCCAAAGACCGCAAAAGAGAUGACUUGGCAUUACGAUCAUCGGGCGAAACCGGCUGAAAUGGUACAUCUAAGUGAUGGUGCGGCUUGGAAGCAUUUCGACAUGAGGGAUCCUGACUUUGCUUUUGAGAUCCGGAAUGUUCGUCUUGGGUUAUGCAUCGACGGUUUCAACCCGAAUAAUUCAACUUUGAAUCCGUAUUCACUAUGGCCCGUUUUUAUUACCAUCUACAAUCUACCUCUUUGGAUGGCUUUGAAAGAUUCGUAUGUUAAGCUUGCAUUGGUCAUCCCUGGUAGAAAGAGCCCCGGUCAGAAUUUGGAUGUGUUUCUCAGGCCGCUAAUAGAUAAUCUAAAAAUGUUGUAUACAGAGGGUGUUCUUACGUAUGAUGCGUAUCGUAAGAAUAAUUUCGAGAUGAGGGCUAUACUACUAUGA